AUGGAUGCCUACACUGACUUUCCUUUUUACUAUGACUACCCUGAGAAUGUUACUCAAGAGGACUUAAUUAUUGAUCUGAAAUGUACCAGCUCACACCUCCAUGGGACCAAUACCUUCCUGUCCAUGGUGUAUUUCCUCAUAUUUUUCACUGGGUUUUUGGGCAACCUCUUUGUAAUCUCAGUUUUGGGCAGCAAAGAUAGGAGAGGUGGGCGGCUGGUGGACACGUUCAUUAUCAACCUGGCUGUGGCUGACCUCAUCUUUGUCAUCACACUGCCUCUGUGGGCCAUCUCUGUCAGCCAGAGCAACAACUGGAACUUCGGAUCUGCUGGGAACCUGCUGUGUAAGCUGAGCAGCUACAUAAUUGCUGUGAACCGCUUCUCCACCAUCUUCUUUCUUACCUGCAUGAGUGUUGACCGCUACCUGGCUGUGGUGAAACUGAUGGAUUCGAGGUACCUGAGGAGAAGCUGGUACACUCGUGUCACUUGUGCUGCAGUCUGGUUGAGCUCCCUGCUGCUUGGCAUCCCAUCCUUGGUGUACCGCUCAGUGGAGCAGUUCGGUGAAAAACUGCACUGUGUGGAAGAUUCAAGCUCACUACUUUUUCUUGGCCUGAGCCUGACCAUAGCAUUACUCACCUUUGUCAUGCCUGUGUUAAUCAUUGUGCUCUGCUAUGGCACCAUCAUCAUGCAUCUCAACAAGCACCGUGUUGCUGCUGCAAAUCCUCGAACCGAAGCCCGCCACAAACACUCCGUCAAGAUGGUCCUCUCCAUUAUAGUGGCUUUUGUGGUGUCCUGGCUCCCCUUCAACAUCUUUAAAGCUAUUAUAGCUAUGUCAUACAUCUUAAACAUUGAUGCGAGCUGUGAGACUCAGUCCUGGCAAAAAAAUGGACUCACCAUUUCAUGCUGCCUGGCCUUCCUCAACAGCUGUGUGAAUCCGGUCAUUUAUGUCUUUCUGGAUAAUCACUUCAGACGACGGGCCGUGAUGCUGUACAAGACCUGUGUAAGAAGAUCAAAGGUACUGCAGAGCUACAACUCUUCAGCCUCUUUCACCACUGGCAGUUCAGAGAGUUCUACUAGAGGGAGAACUCAGCUUCAGAUGCUUAGGUAG